AUGUCAGAUUCAAAGUCAUAUAUAAUUGUCAUCAAACUUGGGACCUCAUCUUUAGUAGAUGAGGUUACCAGAGAACCAAGAAUUGCAAAUAUGUCGCUUAUAGUGGAAACUAUUGUCAAACUUCGUCGCCAGGGACACAAGAUAGUCCUUGUCUCAUCUGGGGCGAUUGCGUUUGGGAUGAAAAGGGUUGGUAUUUCUAGCAAACCAUCAAAGUUAGCUGCGGUCCAAGCGUUGGCAUCAAUUGGUCAAGGUCGCUUAAUUGGAUUAUUUGAUGAUCUCUUUAGGCAAAUGGAGCAGACUAUUGGGCAGAUUUUGCUUACAAGAAAUGAUAUAAGUGAUUUUAACCAGUAUAAGAAUGCUAAAAAUACGUUACAUGAAUUAUUGGACAUGGGAGUGAUUCCAAUUGUAAAUGAAAAUGACACGUUAUCAGUAGCUGAAAUUAAAUUUGGUGAUAAUGAUACGCUUUCGGCAAUUACUGCAGGCAUGGUUCAUGCCGACUAUUUAUUCUUAAUGACAGACGUUCAAUGCUUAUACACAGACAACCCAAGGAGUAAUCCAGAUGCAGAACCUAUACUAGUGGUAGACAAAGUUGAUGAUUUGGACGUGAAAACCGAUACAGAAUCGGGCGGAUCCAAAGUGGGUACUGGGGGUAUGACUACAAAAUUAAUCGCAGCUGGAUUGGCUACUAAUGUUGGUGUCACUACUAUAAUAACCCUUUCUAGUCAACCAGACUCGAUUUUAUCUAUUGUGUCAAAUAUUCAGUCUAUGGAUAAGCUUGAUUUAUCUACUGAACAGCAAACUAGAUAUAUAGCUGGUGAGAUCAAAAAAAACAAAAUCCCCCUCCAUACACGCUUCUUAGGGUUACCUCGUGCAACUAAGAUAAUAUCGGAUAAGAGAUUCUGGUUAUUACAUGGUAUAAAAACUAAGGGAACUUUAUAUAUUGAUCAUCUAUGUUAUGAAGCCUUAACUAGAAAAGAUAGGGCUGGUUUACUUCCAGUGGGUAUUGUGGCUGUUGAAGGCAGUUUCCAUGAAAGUGAGUGCGUAUCAAUUAAGGUGAUUGCCGAAAGAUCCUCUCCUUUAUCUGAUGGUCUUGAAGUAGGAACCUGCAGAGUGAAUUAUAGUGCUAUUGAAAUAAACUUAAUAAAAGGUUUACACAGUAGUGAAAUUGAACCAGUUUUGGGAUUUGCUGAUAGUGAGUACGUUGCCCAUAGAGAUAAUUUGGCAUUCCAGCCAACCUUACCACCUUCCACUGAAUCCUUAUUUGAAAAUAAUUAG